AUGCGGUCCAUUUUAUUUGCGGUCUUUGCCUCCUUCGUGGCCUCUCAAACCUUUGAGGCGUCUGACUUCAAUGUCACUGAGGCUCUUGUCGACCAAGGUGUCAACGUCUCAGCAUUGCCAGAGCUAGCCGGUUUGGUCGAGCGGUCUUCCAAUCUAGCUUGCAACAUUGCCUGCUCUUCGCUCGAAGCCCUUUACGGAAACAAGUCUGUUGAAUUCCAGAAUGAGGCCGGCUACUCCGCAUUCACAUCCGGAUUCUGGUCUGGGAUCUCGGCUGAAGUCAGACCCUACUGUAUCUUCAAACCAUCGAGUGCUGCCGCUGUCUCAGUAAUGGUAUUGCUAUCGCGGCUGUCGCAAUGCCAAUUUGCUGUCAAAUCCGGUGGACAUAGCGCAUUUGCUGGCGCAGCUACUAUCGAGGGAGGCAUUACCGUGUCAUUUGAGAACAUGAAGGGCAUCAAGCUUUCGAGCGACAAGAAGACGGUCGCGGUGCAGCCAGGAAACAACUGGGGUGAUGUUCUUACCACUCUGUCGACCACUGGCGUCACAGCCGUGGCUGGCCGUAUUGGCGAUCUCGGUGUUGGUGGACUCACACUCGGUGGAGGUAUCUCGUUCAUCACGAACGAGUACGGCCUGGCUUGCGACAACGUUGCCAGUUUCGAGGUUGUCACAGCAAGUGGCAUCAUAGUCACAGCAAGCCCAAAGACCUUCCCAGACCUCUACUGGGCGCUCCGCGGCGGAGGAAACAACUUUGGCAUCGUGACAAGCUUCAAUCUGAUGACCAAACCCCUCAAUAACGACCAGAUAUGGGGCGGAACCCGCACCUUUACGGAAGACGUCUUCCCCGACGUAGUCAAAGCGUGGAUCGAUCUUACACUCGACUCAGCCCAAGACCCGAAAGCCGGUAGUUGGAUUGCUUGGAUGAACACCGGCGCGAAGCUUGCCGCAACCGAGCUCUGGUACGGUGCACCAGCUGGCAAUGAGUCCGCUAUCUUGGCGCCUUUCUACAACAUCACUGCCGUAUCCGAUAGCACGAAGACUCGGGGUCAUGCUUCAUAUGUGGUGGACAACGAAGCCACUAAUGAGUAUGGCCUUCGCGAGAUCUUCUACGAUAUCACAGUCAAGGCCUCGUACGAGAUUGCUCAACGUUCCGUUGACAUCUUCUUCGACUCGAUCGACGCUCUCUCUGCGGUUGACGGCGCAUUUCCUGUCCUCAUCUGGCAGCACAUCACCGACGGUUCCCUCAAAGGAAGCACCCGAAACGGCGGCAGCGCGAUGGGUUUCGAUGCCAACGGUAGCCCUAUCCACAUCAUCCAGCUAGCGUGCAGCUGGAACCAUGCCGCGGAUGACGACACCGUGUACCAGGUCAUGUCCGACAUCAUGAAGGCAAUCAAGAGCGACGCGGUAAAGCUGGGUGUGCAGAACGACUGGGUGUACAUGAACUAUGCAUCGAUGUUCCAGGACGUUAUCGCGAGUUAUGGGUCGGACAGCAAGAGUAAGAUGAAGACUGUUGCGAGCAAGUACGAUCCGAAGGAGGUGUUUCAAAAGCUGCAGCCUGGGUACUUCAAGUUGGAUCGUGCGCCGGUGCCUGAUGCAAGGUACUUUUCGUACUGA